AUGGUUACGGCUCUUUAUGAUUUCAACGCUCCUGAGCCGGCUGAUUUGUCCUUUAAAGCUGGAGAUAUUUUGCUGUUAGAGGACAAUCAAGGUCAAGGCUGGACCCUCGCAUUCAAUCCCCGAACUUUGAGGACUGGAAAUAUACCGAUGAAUUAUAUGGCAACUGAGAGUGAUUCCGUCGCAUGUAAAGCGUGGUACAACAUAAACCGAACUGAAGCUGAGAGGAAACUUUUUAUUCCCGGUGUUGAGAAUGGAAUGUUCAUUCUUCGGCCAUCCUCAGGUACACAUUACAAAGUCAAUUUUCCGCCGACAGAAGGGAAGUUUUAUAUUCGUCCGAACUUCAGAGCGGACACAUUGGACGAACUGCUUAUUUUCUACAUGACAACUCCAUUGGAUAUUAGUGGCUGCCUACUAAUGCCUCGGCCAAAAGUGGUCCCACCUCCUUUCAAUUUUCAAGAGUUCGCGAUUGAUCGAUCCAUCAUAAAGCUAACAGAUCGACUCGGCUGUGGCAACUUUGGAGAAGUCUGGCUAGCUAAGAUGCAGACUGUUACCGUUGCAGUAAAGACGUGUCUUCCAACUGCAACGAAAGAAGACUUUGUGAACGAGGCACAAACCAUGUUCAUUCUAAACCACCCGCGACUAGUUCGAUUCCUGGGCUACUGCAACAGACCUGCAGAUGAGCCAUUUUACCUCAUCACGGAAUACAUGGAAAACGGAUCGCUGAAAGAUUUCCUCAUCGAAAAUCAAAAGCGCAUUGAAUACGAAAAAUGUAUUCAAAUUAUUCACCAGGUAUGUCUUCCUCCCUCAUAG